AUGCUGGAAUUCAAUAUGGAAAUGGCGGAUGCGAAAGACAUUGACAAUGGAGCUAUGGUCACAGGCACCAUGGACAAGUUACUUGAGAAGGAUAGCCAAUUGGAAGCGGCAAUCACUGAAAUUGAAAUUAAGGAAAACCUAUUGGUUGAGCAGAGCAGAGCAGCGCUUUGGAAGCUGAACGAAUCCCCGGAUUCGCCUCCCCAACCUGUCGCCAAGGUCCCUUUAACUCAGGACAGGUCAGAGUCAGAGGGGCCCAUGUCAGCUGUGAAGGAGCCCACUUUACCAUCUACUCCAGCGCGAGCAGUCAAGCCAAGUCCGCUCACGGCACCACUACCAAGCUCUCCUUCGCCACCAAAAGCCAUCUCGGCCACCGUCAAUCAACACCUCUUUGCGCCACUACUAUUGCUGCCUCUCAGGUGGAAUUUGUGGCUCCGGAUCAAACAGCAAGGACUCUGUCAACCUCGGAAAAUUGAGACUGUUUGGACCCAGGCUCUAGGGUCCAAUACUCCGUCUCUGGCCAGUUCUCGGGUCUCUGACAAUAUCUUGGACGCUUCUCCUUCAUCAGUCUUCCCCAUCUUCCGCCAUCCUCAGCAUUCUCCUCCCUCCGACCAUAUAGAAAAAAGAAUAUCAGAAACAAAACAACACGCAAACACGCAGAACCAGCCAAUCUGCCUUGCGUAG